AUGGUCGUGUCGCAAGACGGCUGGAUCAAGACCAGAGGUGCCCAGGGCAGAGGGACAGUCCGUCCCUGCUAUGCCGUCGGCAACAAGCGAAUCGAUGGCCCGCAGAUCGAGCGCAGCCAGCGGAAUGAGCAGGUCGGUACACGGCGGCGUAGUGGCGGGCGGUGUUCGAGCGGCACUGAUGUCAGCUUGGCCGGGGAGAAGCCAGAUCGCGCGUCGGGGGGAUUAUGGGGGAUAAUUCAGUGGCGAUGCGGCAGUCAGUUCCUGUCGAACAGUACCUAUCAGGCGCAGGUGAUCGUGGCCGUCCCAAGAAUGCCCAUGCCGUCGCUCCCAAGCGUGUUGCCAUUCACAGCGUAG